GUAUUAAGUAUUACAAAGAGACGUGUCAAUUUGUGACAAAGGUAGGUCAUGAAGCUGGUAUAACUAACAAAACUUUCCAGAUAUUACCUGAAUUGUGCCGCAGAAAAAUUGUCAGUGUCUGUAAUGAAAAUUACUCGAGCUAUAAAUAGCACAUGAUACACAUCUAUAUAUAAAGAAGAAAAAGUAAACAUUCAUAACAGAUCAAUUGUUCCGUGGUAUUUUAUAGCUAAAUUAAAAUGUUAUAUUCCGCUUCAGUAAAAUGGGGAACGCUUUAUUUAAACGUUUGUUUGUUAAGAAAACAAUACGGAUUUUAGUUCUAGGUCGAUAUGACGCGGGUAAAACAACAACUCUCCAUGCAUGUUCGAACAACCAUACCUACAGUUGGAUAUAUGUCGGAGACUUUAAACUUUAAACAUCUAGAAAUAUCAACGUGGGAUAUCGGCGACAGAGAGAAAAUACGGCCUUUAUUAAGGCAUUACUACGCGAGUACACAUGGAAUUGUGUUUGUGUUAGACAGUAGUGACAGAGAGGGGUUUGACCAGACUUUGAAAGAAUUAUUUGUUGUUGUUAAAGAAGAAGAACUCAGAAACAUUCCAGUUCUUGUUCUUGCCAAUAAACAGGAUAUUUCCGGUGCUAUGAAACCUGAAUCAGUAGUGCGUGAAAUUCAGAAUGAGCAAAGCAUGCGUGAUACAAGAUGGAUGGUGUUCGGUGUAAGUGCUGUCGACCAAACUGAGCACAGACUAUUUGAAGCAUUUGAUUGGUUAACAAAUGAAAUAACUGUCAAUGAGAGACGUUCCGCGGCAUCAAAAAUGUUACAUGAAGAUAAUAGAGACUGCAAUAAUAAUAACGGAGAUAAACGAACCAAACAUAACACUUGAUACGUUAUUGUUUUAUUAUUUUUAUUUUGUUUACAUUUUGUCUUCUACUGUGUAAUCAUAUAUGGUAAUUUACUCCAAGAAACUAUUGCAGAAGGUCAUAUAAUUAUUAAAUAUUAUAUAAGAA